AGAGACAAGUGCUCUAAGUACUCCCAAAGCCAUUCAACUCAAUUUGUUAGUAUUUCUAUAUUUGUUGGUCAAUCAAAGCUAGCAUUUCACUUCCAAACACAGAACGGUUCAUCGAUCAGCGUGCCAAAAUAUAACGAUAAUAUAAAAACAGCACCCCACAUAUGAUCCGGUCUGCCGUAUUGUUUCUUGGAUGCUUUCUAAUCAUAUUUGGGAUUGUGGAUUGUUUAUCAUCGGUGGAAUACAAGAGCUAUGUGAGAGCGAAUGGAGCGGCACGAUACGUGUACCUCACAAAUAUAUGUGCAUACGUAUCGAUAGUGUGCUUUACGUUCGGACUGAUCCUCAGAAUCGGCAAAGUAAUAACAGCCAAAAGAUAUUUUUUUGCCAGACUCACGACACUUAGGAAGCAACUCGUGCUCCGAAGGUGCUACGUUUCGGUGCUGCCCUUCAUGCUAACGGUAAACUCGACGGUCAUGUCUGGAUAUUGGUAUCUCUUCUUCACCGAUCAGGACUCUAUCGUAACAAGGGAACCGGGUACGGAUCACAAACCGAACACAUUCAUAAAUUUGUGCAAGCACUUUGUCCCGUGGAUCGUUACACUAAUUGAGGCACUCUUCGUGCGUGCCCGGUACACGGUUCGUACUUUUGCAGCUGUGGUUGUCUUCGCAGUGCUUUACUACACGCUGAUCCGUACCUACCACGCGCACAGCGGGAAGUGGCCAUAUAAAUUUUUUAACGGCCAGUCGUACACAAAAGUUCUGGUGCUGGUUUGUGUCUUUGCUCUUGCUGGUCUUGUUAUUGCCUAUACCAUCCUGAAGGUGCACGAGUUUGUGCGUAGGAACUAUUUAGACAGGCAAAAGAGCAACAAACCUGGUUAGUGAGUCAAAUAAAAUGCUGCUCUCCACUAAUUUCUUCGGUUCUCAUGGUGCAGGCAUGUUGCCACGUCCGGAUCUGUAGCAGCAAAUGUGACGUAAUAUCGGUGUACCGUCGAUGCUAGUGGUCCUUGAAUAGGUUUAAUGAAUCAAAGGGCCGUUUCUCGUGUAAGAGGAAAUGUGGUUAACACAUGUUUGGCGAAUAGAUGGAUCACAAUACGUGAAGACAACCAGCCACACGAUCUCCUUCGCUGAUCCAUGAAGUGCUGUGUGUGGUAGUGGAUGUGUGGUUGAGUAAAUGUGAGAAGUUGUACGGCCGCUCUGUGUUGUGCAGGGAUCUUCAAAGAUCGAGAAGUGCCGGUUCGCUGCAGCGUGUACUAAACGGAGAUGUGGAUCAGAGGUGCAGAGCCUCAAAUAAUAUGUUGAGCACUGCUCUGAACAAGGGUCAGCAGCGAUUAAACGUAACCAGCACCUUUAAGAAGGAUCUGUGAAUUGCCAUACAAUUCCAAUACAGGUCUUAUAAAAUGAGAUGGGGGGUUUUGAUUGAGAUGGAUUCCAAAAUGCAUGCUUGAUGAAAUAUGAACUUACAAGGGAGUGGUAGCUAAAACACAUGUUUUUUGAAAUAUAGCAGGGAAACGCGAAACCUUACAUACUGCAGAAAAAACGUUAUUUAGCGAUAACUUCAUUAUUCUCGUUUUUUAACGAUGUUGGCGUAGUUAAUUGCAAUAAAACUUAACAUAUGGUUGGAAUAGAGCUUGAAUUCAG